CACCUUUUCUGCUGCUCUGACAGCUCUGCAAGGAGUGAAACAGACCACACCAAGAGUUGACUUUGGUGUACCUGAGGUAGGACAGCCUGCUGCUCUACACUCAGAUCUGUGGAAAAGGAUGUCAGUGAAGAAGAUUCUCGGGGUUGUCCAGAUCCUGAUUGGCUUGAUAAACCUCACCUUGGGAAUAACGAUGAUGUCUGUCUCAUUGCCAUCUGAUGGACCAAAACCCACUUCAGUAUACACAGGUUACACAAUAUGGGGGUCAGUAGUGUUUAUUGUUUCGGGGGCCUUGUUAAUUGCAGAAGAAAUUCCAGAUGCAUAUUUGACUUUGAAUUUCAUCAGCUUAGUCGUGGCCAUCAUAGGGAUCACAAUCACUGCGUUGAGCUUGAGGGAUUUUUCAUCUGUAUGUGAAUACACUUUGACGUCAGAAAAAUGUGCCAUGUUAAUGGGUAUGGAUGGUGCAGUGCUCAGUUUAAGUGUGCUGGAGUUCUGCAUUACUGUUCUCACCUGUGUCGUCCGGUGCUGCUUUUGAGGCGUAAACAGCAACCUCCAAAUCCUCAGGUGGCAGAAACGGCACCUUCCUGUACUAUUCCCAGAAAAUUUGAUGCCUCCAACAGAACAACAGAAAUAUCUUCCAGAAAAUCUAUCCUGACAGCAAUGCAAGAACCCUACUUGAGAAAGUAUCAAAAUCCAAUACUGAUUUUUAAAACUUAUGUAUUUUAUAAUAAAUCCAGAGUAAUAUUUUCAUUUUUCCCAAGAACCUGGUAACCUCUUUCAUUGGCUGUUUAUCAAAACAGAUGUUAAGUAAAUAUAUCAUGCAUUUAAUGUGUCAACAGCACUUGAAAGUUUUCCAUCCAUCCUUAGGGGUAUGUAAGGACAUUAAGUUGGCAAAUAAGAUUUGCAGCAGAUGGGCAAAAAGAUAUUGCUGAAAUGGGACCCCA